AUGAAGGUGGUUUCUGGAUCUCAUGACAAAACAGUCAAGAUCUGGAAUAUAGCUACACAAGCUGUAGAGCAGGGACUCCAUGGCCACUCUAAAGAUAUAACAUCUGUUGCAUUCUCUCCAGAUGGCAUGAAAGUGGUGUCUGGCUCCAAUGAUAAGACAGUCAAGAUAUGGAAUGUAGCUACAGGAGCAGAAGUGCAGAGCCUCAAUGGCCAUUCUCGUGCAGUAACAUCUGUUGUAUUCUCUCCAGAUGGCAAGAAAGUGAUUUCUGGCUCCUAUGACAAAACAGUCAAGAUCUGGAAUGUAGCUACAGGAGAAGAAGAACAGAGCCUUACUGGCCACUCUGAUUGGGUAUGGUCUGUAGCAUCCUCUCCAGAUGGCAUGAAAGUGAUUUCUGGCUCUGCUGACAAGUCAGUCAAGAUCUGGAAUAUAGCUACUGGAGCAGAAGAGCAGAGCUUCAGUGGCCAUUCUGAUAAUGAAGAGCAGAGCUUCAAUAGCCACUCUGAUGAGGUAUGGUCUGUAGCAUUCUCUCCAGAUGGCACAAGAGUGGUUUCUGGCUCUCGUGACACAACAGUUAAGAUCUGGAAUAUAGCUACAGGAUCUGAAAAGCAGGGUUUUAAUAGCCAGUUUCAUGAUGUAACAUCUGCAGUAUUCUCUCCAGACGGCAUGAAAGUGGUUUCUGGCUCUACUUACAAGUCAGUCAAGAUCUGGAAUGCAGCUACCGCAGUGGAAGAACAGAGCUUUCAUGGCCACUCUGAUGAUGUCUGGUCUGUAGCAUUCUCUCCUGAUGGCAUGAAAGUGGUUUCUGGCUCCUAUGACAAGACAGUGAAGAUCUGGAAUUCAGUGACAGGAGCAGAAGAGCAGAGCAUUCAUGGCCACUCUGAGUGGAUAACAUCUGUUGCAUUCUCUCUAGAUGGUGCAAAAGUGGUUUCUGGCUCUGCUGACAUGACAGUCCAGAUCUGGAAUGUGGCUACAGGAGCACAAGAGCAGAGCUUUAAAGGCCAUUCUGACCAGGUAAACUCUGUGGCAUUCUCUCCAGAUGGCACAAAAGUAGUUUCUGGGUCUAAUGACAACACAGUCAAGCUAUGGAAUACAGCUACAGGAGCAGAGGAGAAGACCUUCAAUGGCCACUCUCAUCGGGUAAAAUCUGUAGCAUUCUCUCCAGAUGGCAUGAAAGUGGUUUCUGGCUCCUGUGACAAGACUGUAAAGAUCUGGAAUACAGUGACAGGGGCAGAAGAGCGAAGCCUUAAUGGUCACUCUGAGUGGAUAACAUCUGUUGCAUUCUCUCUCGAUAGUAUAAGGGUGGUUUCUGGCUCUAAUGACAAGACAAUUAAGGUCUGGAAUGUAGCUACAGGAGUAGAAGAGCAGAGCUUUGAUGGCCACUCUCAUUGGGUACGAUCUGUUGCAUUCUCUCCAGAUGGCACAAAAGUAGUUUCUGGCUCUAAAGACAAGACAAUCCGAGUCUGGGAUACAACACUGACCCUGCCAAAAUAUUCUAUUAACACUGAUGGUUGGCUUAUCGGCCCCUAUCCUGCUACAGACCAUAUCCUUUGGUGUUCACCUGUCCUCUGCCGUACCCUUCAAAUUUACCCAUGCACUCUUGUGAUAUCCCCUGAGGGACAUGCAGAUAUUGAUAUUGAUUUGGACUUCCUUGGUCCCAACUGGGUAAAAUGCUACACCCCACCUAUGCCGCCCAUAUUUACAUAUAUUGCUAUUCUUGUUCUCAUGCUGCUUCUUGUCACUAUCAAUGAGUUUUACUAG